AUGAAGUCUGUCGCUGCCAUCUCGGCUCUCGCGGCCCUGACCGUUGUCUCGGCCAAGCCUACUGCCACUGAGCGCGAGGCCCCCAUCAAGGCCCGCUCCCUCCCCGUCGUCUCUGCCUCCGGCAAUGCUUUCUACGCCGAUGGCACUCGCUUCUACAUCCGCGGUAUCGACUACCAGCCCGGUGGUUCGUCUGACAACAUCGACCCCCUUGCCGACACCAGCAUUUGCGGCCGUGACAUUCCCAAGUUCAAGGAUCUCGGCGUGAACACCAUCCGUGUCUACAGCGUCGACAACUCCAAGGACCACAAGGACUGCAUGCAGCAGCUUGCCGACGCUGGCAUCUACCUUGUUGCCGACGUCAACAACCCCAAGUACUCCAUCAACCGAGCCGACCCUCACCCCUCGUACAACGCCGUCUACCUCCAGAGCGUUUUCGCCACGGUCGAGGAGUUCGCUCAGUACGACAACACUCUUGCCUUCUUCUCCGGAAACGAGGUCAUCGACGCCGACGCCAACACCACCCAGACCGCUCCCUACGUGAAGGCCGUCACUCGUGACAUGAAGAACUACAUGGCCUCUCGCGGCCUCCGCCAUGUCCCCGUCGGCUACUCCGCCGCCGACGUUGCCUCCAACCGCAUGCAGAGCGCUGAUUACUUCAACUGCGGCAGCGACGAUGCUCGCAGCGAUUUCUUCGCUUUCAACGACUACUCGUGGUGCAGCUCCAGCUUCACCGAGUCUGGCUGGGACAUCAAGGUUAAGAACUUCACUGACUACGGUAUCCCCAUUUUCCUGUCCGAGUAUGGAUGCAACACCAACGUUCGCACCUUUGGUGAAGUCGGGGCCCUGAUGAACAGCGAGAUGACCGGUGUCUACUCCGGAGGUCUCAUGUACGAGUACUCGAUGGAGGCCAACAACUACGGUAUCGUCAACAUCUCUGGCAGCACCGUCACGGAGCUUACGGAGUACGCCAACUUCAAGAGCGCCCUGUCCAAGUACCCCACCCCCACUGGCGACGGUGGAGCUGCCAAGACCUCUCACGCCGCCGACUGCCCUACUUCCGACGCUGCCUGGCAGGUCGACCCCAGCGAAAUCCCCACCAUCCCUAAGGAUGCCGAGAAGUACAUGACUGCGGGUGCUGGCGACGGCCCUGGUCUGAACGGUUCUGGUUCCCAGACUGCCGGUGACAGCGCUUCCGAUGGCGAGACCACUGGCGGCACUGCUUCCCCUACCGCCACCGGUGGCUCCAGCGCUUCUGGUUCCUCCAACGCUGCCGCUGGCAUGACCUUCGGUGGCCCCAUUGAAAAGGCUCCUCUGGUCGUUGCUGGCCUCACUGCCAUGUUCACGAUGUUCGGUGCCUUCCUGUUGUAA